AUGUACCAUACGGUCAACGAUUCGACGACAGUUCACACAGCUCUGCUGUCACCUAUCACUUGUUCAGAUAAGGGUGCCUACCGCUUCUUUCGAGUUCGUGGUGGUCUUGAUAUGGCCAUCUGGAAGUCACUCGAGUGGUCGGGACGACCUAUCCGCUUCGAACCACUCCGAAAAUUGAAUUUGAAGCGGUUCUGUGAAGAGAUCGAACCUCCCAUUGCAAAGGUGUUCGGUCUUGUCCUCUGUCGUUUCGUGGUUCUUUUCCUUAUCUAUGGUGCAACGACGAUGAUGGGUCUUACGACUCGGGCAACAACCGCCUCGUCAUUUGAUUUCAUCGAAUUAGAGAAGUUUCGAAGUCUUGGUGGAGUGAGGGUUGAGUGCGGGCCUGUGGAACGGGUUCCCAGUGAAUAUGCUGAGAUGUUGCGGAGUUGUACCACAUCGCCUACCUACGGUCAUGGGCUGCGGAAGUGCGAGAUCAGUCGGGAUGGAUGCCAUGCCAGACGUCCCAUGGUCGCAACUCACACCACUUCCAUGGCUGGUAUUACACGACCUCGGAAUUCGCUGAAAUGUGACGGUGACGAUGCGGGGGUGAAAGAAGCCUCGAGGCCCGGCAGCACUUACUUCAUAUUGGGAGUGUGGCCCUGUGGAUCGGUUCAGUUGCGUAUUCACAUUAUACCUAUGACGACACUCGCGAUGUGA